AUGUCUGAAUCUAUCCGAAUUGCCAUCCUGGGCGGAGGUUUGGCAGGUGCCUCUUUGUUGCAUGCACUGCUUAAGCAUCCUCAUUUGGACGUGCACAUCUUCGAGUCGGCCGCUCAAUUCAAAGAAGCCGGUGCUGCAGUUGGAAUCUCCCGCAAUGGCCUCACUGCUCUCGAUCUGAUGGGAUCAUCCGCGGCUGAAUGCCUGGAACGUGCCGGCGCAGUUCCCCAGAAAGGAGUUCGAUUCAUGCUCGCGCAGGGCGAGGGAUGCAACAACAUGAUUGACGAGGCGAGAGAUGAAGAUGGCCAACGCCUAACGAGCAUUGUCCAUCGCGCAGCGUUUCUCAGGGAAUUGCUUAGCGGCGCGCCGGUUGAGCGAAUGCAUGCGUCCAAGAAGUUAGAGAGAGUUGACAGAGGACAAGACGGGCAUGGACCUCUGACUCUGCAUUUCACGGAUGGAACAACACAUGAGUGCGACAUACUCGUCGGGGCAGAUGGCAUUCACAGUACCGUGCGCAAGAUCAUCCUAGGUGAAGACGAUGCUGCUGCGAAUCCAAGAAACGCUGGAUGGUGGGCGGUCAUGGCCUUGAAGCCAUAUGAAGAUGCGAGGUCGAGCAUCGGCCAGGGACCUGUUGACGUUGAAGAUGCUCGCGAGUACAUGUGGGUUGGUAAGGACGCGUAUCUGCUGCACAAUGUCUUGAAUCAGGGGAAACAAGAAAGCACAUUAGUGCAGUUGGUAAUCUGUGCCUUUGACGAGGACGCCGUUGGGUCUAAUCAGUGGCACCGAAUGGUGAGCGCCGAGGAAAUCAAGAGGUUGUAUCAGGACUGGCCGCCUCACUUGAACAAGGCGAUUGAUGAGCUCCUUUGUGAUCAGCCACAGCAGCCUGCCAUGUAUCUCUGGGACCAUCCGCCUGCUCGCACGUAUGCCUCUGGUCCGAUAUGUGUCAUUGGCGAUGCUGCUCAUGCCACCACGCCGUGGCAGGGAUCUGGCUGCAGUAUGUCCAUAGAGGAUGCUCUCGUUCUGUCUACUCUGCUGGGCCGAUCUAAAACCCUAGAGGAGGCGACUCUUGCCUUGCGAGUGUAUGACCAGGUCCGCCGACCCCGGACACAGCGCAUUGUAGAGUCGAGCAGAGGCACGGGAGUCAUCAUGACUGGGCGAGGAGACGAGACUGGGCUGGAUCUGGCAAAGCUUAAGGAGAAGCUGUUGCCAAGAUGGGACUUUAUUCUCGACUUUGACAACGCGGAGGCUCGCGACGAGGCGAUCAAGAUUAUGGAUGGUGGUGAUAACCUCAGGUUCACGGCAUCGGGCAUCGCGGGCUCCGCGGGUCCGGCCAUAGAACUUGGUAUCUUCGACUUGGCAAGAUGGAUCGGCUACUUCUUCACUCAAUGCCUCGGUGUAUAUAAGCUUGAAAUCACCGGGUGCUUGGCUCCUUUCGCGCCUGCAGAUCCUGUCGACGAUUCUUCAAAACCCCGAUUCGGACAUGCAAAUGACAGCGCGAUACUCUCCACCAUGAGCUUCAUCGGCGGCGGCGAUGUACUGUCGGCUGCUGCGGUCGCCACAGUCGCAGUCGACGUGAUAGUUCAUCCCAUGGACACCAUGAUCACAAGGAUCCAAUCUCCAGCCUACAAGUCUCAAUACCGACAGCUAAAUGGCAUGUUCCACCGGAAUCUCUUCCUCGGGCUUUAUCAGGGCUUUGGACCAACAUUGCUGGCGGGUAUACCAGCAUCAGCAGCAUUUUUCUCUGUCUACGAGGGUUCAAAGACCCUGUUCGAUAGAGCCCAGAAAGCAGGCCACUUGCAAUUCGUUCCUCUUCCGGUUGUUCACGCCGCAGGCGGCGCGGCAGCAGAUCUCGUGGCCUGCGCAAUCAUCAACCCGGCUGAAGUGCUCAAGCAGAACGCGCAAGUCUCCAAGAAAGAGGGCCUAUCGCCUGGUCAACGUUCCCACGUUGGACAGGCAUUGCGGCAGUUUUCAAGGCAGCCGACGCGGCUGUGGACAGGAUACACAAUGCUGGUGGCUAGUUCUUUGCCCGGGACAAGUUUGACAUUUACUCUGUAUGAAUGGUUCAAGCAGAAGAUGAUGCGGGACAACAAAAAUUUGGCACAUGAUAUUCCGUAUCAGAUGAAGGUUAGUGCUGUGAGCGCGGCUGUAGCUGCGGGUUGUGUUUCCUGCAUGUUUGUGCCUGUAGAUGUGGUUAAGACGAGGAUGAGAUUGGCUGCUGGCGAGGGUAACAAUAAGCCGCCCGCAGCUAAGUUGGGCCCAAUCGCUGUGGCAAGAAGCAUUUUUCGAACAGAAGGCGUACGUGGUUUGUUUCGAGGGCUGUCGUUGACUUUCAUUGCAAGCAUGUUUGGCGCUGGAUUAUAUUUGGGCUGCUACGAGGGCUGUAAAUUAUACAUGGCCAGCGACAAGGACAAGGACGAUGGUAGGGAGUUUACUGGAUAG